GUUUAUGGCUUCACUGUUGUCCACAGAGUCAGCAUUAUUUAUCGAUCAACCUCAAAGCAUAUGCUUCAUACGUACGGCGAGGGAUGGGAGUAUGAGGGAUGAAAAUGCGCCGGCCGUUUCAAUUCUCCGCACGCCUCCUACGUAGCGUGGAAAAAGCAAAGUGUGCAAUCUUUAGCAUACACUCGCACUCUUUUCUCCUCUUCCUUCAUCAGUCGCUACUCCAAAGGAAAUGUUUCAACCGACAAGAGGUGGAACACGUGGAGGAGCGGCUUAUUUCAGUUGGGAUGAUGUGAAGAAGGACAAAGAUCGAGAGAAUUAUUUAGGUCAUUCAAUUCUAGCACCGACGGGUAGAUGGCAAAAGAAUAAGGAUGUUACGUGGUACAAUAAGGACAAAGCACAAUCAGCAAGCGGAAGUGGAUCAGACAAAACGGAAACUGUAUCACAAGCAACAGAAGCACGUAAACAAGAAUUAAUGGCGAUUAAGAUGCGAGAAGAAGAAGAGAUGAAUAAACGAUUAGGCAUCAAGAUUGAUUAUAGAAAAAUCAUUGAAGGAAGCUCAGAUGCUCAGAAGAAAGAGGAAGAUGAGCGCAAAACAAAAGAGCUAGAAUCAGGUUUCACAAAAGAAGAACGUAAAGCUGCUAAACGAUUGGCAAAGAUGGAAGUUCGUCAGCAACAAAGGGAGGAAAGAGAUCGUGAUAGACGAAGACACAGAGACAGCGAAGACAGAAGAGAAAGGCACAGCAGGCAUGUUGAUAGCAGGGCUGACAACAAUCGAGAUCGUCGCAGAAGUCGAAGCCCUGAUGGUAGUCGUUCCCGUCGCCGAUCAGAAAAGCAUGAAGAUGAUCGACGGGAUGAUCGUCUACACCACAAAGAUUCGUCUUCGUCUAGGAGAAGGGAAGGAGAUGGUGGAGAUCGUCAUCGGGAAUACCACAGAAGCGAUGCUGACCAGUCAAGGAGACGCUAUCGAGACUAGGAUAUAGCACUCCACUGUAUUUUUUUUAUGAUUGUAUCGAUAUUGUACUGUACAGACUGAUAAACAAAUUGACAAGGGUAUAGACUC